ACCUUUUACUGAGACGAUAGCAGCCACAGGCAGGUAAUCUCUACCUGUGCCGAGAAGGUUGGAGGAAUAGAGCAGCUCUCAGUUUCGUCUGUUUUGCGUCAGCGGGACUGCGAAGUUUUAUGUUGUUUCUUUUUGCGUGUGAACUACUCGAGUCGAGAAUAUUGGACAUAUUGUGCACGAGAAGGAUAUAACAGUCUGCUGCAUUUACGAGAAAUGGAUUCCAACGGCAUUGCUGAGAAACAAUGUUUGGAGGGUGACAAGGACCUGCAGUUCCUGAUGAAUGGUGGAGAUCUUUUGAAAGUCCGUUCGGGGUCAUGGAAAAAGACACGCUACUACAAACUCCAGGAGGACUGCAAGACAUUGUGGCAUGAAUCUAAAAAGACCCUGAAGUCCAAACAGACAUUCUCUGUUGAGGACAUUGAGGAGGUACGAACAGGUCGGCAGACGGACGGUUUGAGGAAAUACACAGAGGAGUCUGUGGAGGGUCGAGCGUUCUCCAUCUUGUUUAAGAGCCAACAGAAGGGCCUGGACCUGAUCGCCAGCUCUGAGCAAGAAGCCAAGAAGUGGGUUGGUGGUUUGGAGAAAGUCAUCUCAAAUAUAAAGAACCUCACUCCGCAGAAGAAAACAGAGCACUGGAUCUACAGCUGUAUGCGCAAAGCAGAUAAAAACUUUGAUGACAAGAUCAGUCAGAAAGAGCUGAAGAGCUUUCUACGAGACAUCAACAUUGAGGUGGAUGAAGACUAUGCUGAAAUGCUCUUUCAGAAAUGUGACAAGUCAAAGUGCGGAUUCCUAGAGGGCAAGGAGAUCGAGCAUUUCUAUGAAAUCCUGACACAAAGAGAGGAGAUUGAGGUCAUCUAUGGAGAGUAUGCAAAGACAGACGGUCUUAUGAGCGCCGCUGACCUGCUGAACUUCCUGUUGAACGAACAGAGAGAGGACGCGUCUCAGAAUGAUGCCCUUCAGCUUAUUGAGAAAUAUGAGCUUGAUGAAAAUGGUAAUACGACCGAGUAUCCUGUGAUCCUGUCUUUGGAGAACCACUGCAGUGUGGAGCAGCAGAAGAUCAUGGCUCAGCACUUGAUCUCCAUCCUGGGUAGCACUCUGGUCAUCAAACCCCUCGGAGAUCAGAUGCCCACAUGCCUUCCUUCCCCAGAGGAACUCAAAGGCCGGUUCAUAGUCAAAGGGAAAAGACUAGACAAACUUGAGGACAUGUUUUCAGAGGAGUCCAAAACAGCAGAGGAAGACAGUGUAACAGAGGAAGAAGAUGAUGAAGGUGACGAAGAAGACCAGGAAAAGAAGUCUAGUAAAACCAAGUUGCUGAAGUUGGCGAAGGAGCUGUCUGAUAUCGUGAUCUACUGCAAAAGUGUCCACUUCCGUGGCUUUGAGGAUUCCCGGGACAAGCAGUCCUUUUAUGAGAUGGCCUCCUUCAAAGAGGGAAAAGCUGUGAAACUGGCGGAGGAAGCAGCAAACGAUUAUAUCCAUCACAAUACAGACAAACUCAGCCGGAUUUAUCCAGCAGGACUGAGGACGGACUCCUCAAACUAUAACCCUGUGCCUCUGUGGAAUGCAGGCUGUCAGAUAGUGGCCCUCAACUUCCAGACACCCUGCCCAGAGAUGGAUAUGAAUCAGGGGCUCUUUCUCCAAAACGGACAGAGCGGUUACAACCUCAAGCCUUCUUUCCUACGAGACCAAGACACUAAAUUUGACCCCAUCACUCUCUCCAAGGGACCGUGGUUAAAGAAUAAGAGUCUUCAUCUGAUGGUAAUCUCAGCCCAGCAGUUACCCAAAGUGAGCAAAAGGGAGUCCUCUAUUGUUGAUCCCAUUGUGAAAGUGCAGAUCUACGGUGUGCCAGCUGAUACGACUGUGGCGGAAACGCAGUACAUUGAGAAUAACGGCUUCAAUCCCAUGUGGAAUGAGAACUUCCAGUUUAAUGUGCGUGUGCCCGAUCUAGCCCUUGUGCGCUUUUUGAUUGAGGACUACGACUCCAGUUCGAACAACGAAUUCAUUGGCCAGUACACACUUCCCUUCAACUGCCUAAAGAACGGAUAUCACCAUGUGCCACUGCUCACUAAGAAAGGAGACCACCUUUCCUCCGCUGGGCUUUUCGUUCACAUCAUGGUUGUGGAUGCUGAAUAACACAUGAUGGUGCAGGUUUUAUACUGUAUCGGAGAUGAUCUUAUGUGGCUAUAUUCAACAGCGCAGACGUCUCAAAGGGUCGGAAAAAAUGAGGCAGCUUGAGUGAUUCUUAUGGGUAAAUGAGAAAUGGUGGGAAUAGAGCAACUUUUCUGAAGGUGCAAUAUGAUGGUCCCACAUAACCUUUUUUUGUACUUUUUCCAAUUUGUAAAAUACAUUUAUACAUUUUAGUAUGCCAAAUAGAUGACUUAAUAUUGAGUGUCAACCUUAGUCUUAGUUAAACUGAGCACUGUUUUUAGUUAUUCAGAAUUUAGCGAGGAAUAAUUUGGUGGAAUUACAAAUAAACAACCACUCCAUCCUCUGGGUAGUUUCUCUAGAUACAUGUUUUAAAGCCUGCAUUUGAGUUUGUAUCUUUGUCUUUUAUGUAGUUACAUACAACAUCUGAUUUAUGUCGUCAUUAAAUGAGGUACUUAAAUUGUCAUAUUUUUGGCUGAUACUCAUAAAAUCAGUGAUUCUGAUACAACAUUACCAACUGUAUACAUCUAUGUAAAGACGAAAUAAAUG